UCGAGGAGAUGGAUUCAUUCAUAAGACCAGGUCUGCUACUGUGCACCGUAAUAAUAGCGAGCGUCCUCCGGCGUGCCUUGAGCGGACUUUAUGGAUCUAUAAUCGCGGAUAAAAGGGGAGCGAUCCGGGGGAUUUAAAGUGAAACCAGCGGACUUUCUUGACAGAUUUGCAUUGGGACGCGUUUCCCCCCUGAACGAGGGGAACUGGAUUAAGCUUCUUCAUGCAACUUUUUUGGAAAGACACCAAGAGCAUCUCACCGGGGAAUAGCAAAAACACCAGCAACGCCUACAUCUUCUUUAGUAAUCUUCUUGCCUGCCGCUGCAGGUGACGUCGCCCUCUCUCUGGUACCUGCAGGUGUCCCGUUCUCUCUCGGUCCCCCCGGGGAGAUGUACCAAGGCUUCCCCGGAGACCCAGACAGCGGAUCCCGUGGAAGCUCCUCUCCAUCUAUAGAGUCACAGUACCUUUCCUCCGUGGACUCCUUCGGAAGCCCGCCGACCACCAGUGCUCCGCAGGAGUGUGUGUCAGCGGGAGCUGGCUUGAGCAUCGCGGGCAGCGGGCCGGGGACCAGUGUUGGAGGGGAGAUGCCCGGUUCAUUCGUGCCCACCGUCACCGCCAUCACCACCAGCCAGGACCUGCAGUGGAUGGUGCAGCCAACCCUCGUCUCCUCCCAGGCCUCUGGGCAGAGUGGGUCCACUGGGACCACAACCAUGACCCAGCCGGUGUCACUGAUUGACCCAUAUGACAUGCCGGGCCCAAGUUAUUCCUCAGGGUCUGCAUUCACCUCUCCGAGUUCGGAAACUCCGGGCCCGGCUCCGGGCCCUAUCCGCCACUCCAGAGCCCGCAGCCGCCGUACACGAGACGAGUCUGUGAGUGACGAUGGAGAUGUUGGUGUGUUACUAACACCUGAGGAGGAGGAGAAGAGGCGUGUUCGGCGAGAGAGGAACAAGUUGGCCGCCGCCAAAUGUAGAAACCGCCGACGAGAACUCACAGACAGACUGCAGUCGGAGACGGACAUCCUGGAGGAGGAGAAGGCCGAGCUGGAGGCUGAGAUCUCUGAGCUGCACAAGGAGAAGGAGCGUCUGGAGUUUGUCCUGGUGGCCCACCAGCCGACCUGUAAGAUCUCAUACCAGGAGCAUUCCCAGCACAGCUCGGCGCAGCUCCCUCCGCUCCAGCCCCAGCUCCCACCCCAGACCUUACAACCUCCGGUCUCCAUCUUGGGCUUGGCUGUGAAGGAGGACUCUUUCUAUCUGCCUCCUGCCUACACGGCCCAUUCGUCCUCCGCACAGUCCCAGCCUCCGGUUCAGCAGCAAGUCCAGCAGCAGCCUCAGCCAGGGAUAAUGCAGGAGGUAGAGUUUUCUAGUUCUUUCUAUGGCUCAAGUGAGCCGGCGCCAGGCGGGCCGUGCCACAUGGCCAGCGACAGUGGUGGUGGUGGUGUUAACCAUGACGAUGCGGCCAUUGGCAGCUACAACACCUCAUACACAUCUUCAUUUGUGUUCACCUACCCAGAGGGAGCCUGCGGGGUCAGUGCCAACCAGCGGAACAGCAGUAGCGAGCAGUCAUCUGAUUCCCUGAACUCGCCUUCGCUGCUGGCGCUCUGACUGACCGACAGACACACACGCACACAUAUCGACAAGCACACACAUUACGCUCGCUGGAAGUAAGAGGCUGAGGCAAGUACGUGCAGAGUAUCGAUCAGUCUCGCAGAUUGAGAAAAAAAAAAAGCAACCAAUCGUUUGUUUCUGAUUGGGUUCAAGUUUACACAUUCAUGCAUUCCAAUCAAGAGCCAUACAAAUAGAUCUAACCUUUAACAAUACAUAAAUCUUGUUGUGUAUUAUCACAACACCUGCAACUGGACACGAUAGGUGAAUACAGACUGAGUCACAAAAUCACGUCCAAGUUGCAAAUCACGUGCUCUGAAUUAAUUCACAAUGACUAUUCUCAAUCUUCAGCCCGUACAGUACAUUGAGUUUAAGAUACAACGAGCUCACUUUACUCCAACAAAGCACCAGUGCCCCCACCUUGUUCCCUCUGUCGGUUGACUCUACCAGUGCUCUUGCUCUCAUCCUUUUCCAUCCUUUUCCUCGCUUCUUCCUCACGCUGAAUGUAUUUGUUGCAAAAUAUGAAAUAUAGGGACGAUGGACACUUUGGGAGACAGACUGCUGAUUUCUCGCUCACCUCUAACCUUUCAUCCGCUCGAUCUCCCUCUGCUUUUUCAUUCGCUGCUUGGACUUGGCAAGUUGGGGAUCUGAGUAUCACAGCCUCCACUAAUGUUGUCUUUUUUUUAUUUUUUGAAUCUUCUGCCGUGUGCCUACCUGCCAUGCGACCCAUCUCUGCCCAUUUGUUUCUCCUCUUCUGUCUCUAUGUUUCUCCCUCUCUGAAGUCUUCGACCCCCGAGAGCCCGAAGACCCCCGAGAGCCCUUGGGACCUUGAGUGAAUGACGGCCCAACUAGCACGCCCUUUUGCACCUCUCUCAUACAAGGACCGGGACGCAACCCCUCCCCCUCCGUCCCCCAUACAGAAGAACCUUUUUCUUGGAGCGCAUUGAUCAUACUUACAGUGAACAGCAGCUAAAUACACGCACAUAGACGCAUUAUUUGACGAACGCAAAACGCAAGACGGAUGCCACUGUACUGUCUUCUGCUGAGCCAUUUUUCGAAGAUUAAACACGUCAUAUGUUGUGAGGCGAGGUUAAAAGUGAGGAUGGAGAGAGGUUUAGCAAGGAAAGGGAGGAAGGAAGUGCAACCGAGCUGGACAGACUCAAACGGAGAGGUGACGGAUGAAGAGGAUGACUCCCAUCCUAUCCAUCCAUAUUUGGAACCAAAUGUUGAAAGAGCCAAAACAAAGCAAAAAAAAAAAGAAAGAAAAAAAAACCCUGCUCUUGCCAACUGUGUGGAAGAGUGGCCUCAGUAAAAACACCUCCAUAUACCACAGAGCCUCAUCACUCUGGGCCUACAUGCGCACAUUCACACCAUCGCUUUCAAGUCUCUGAAGUGAAGAUACAGACGUUUUGCUGCAGCGCACCAGCUCCGUGUUUUGCUCCGAAUCAAUCAGAUGUGAACCGAUGCCUUUAUUUAGAGGAGAGACCUUUUUUUGUAGUGAUUCAGACAACCUCUAAACAUUUGGGCUCAGUGGUCUCUGUGCCUCCCCUGUUGUUCUCUCAGCGGAGACGAGGCGGGGGUGCGUUUAUUGUGAGUGCGUCCACUCUGAGGCACCUGGCCCGUUUAUUUCUUUCUUUAUUGAGGUUGAUGUGGCGAGCGAGCACAAAAGCAAGACCUGGAAACAAAAGGGGAGAACGUGUGGGCUGACGUCGUGGAGCGAGCGUCCUUUCUUUGCCUGUGAAUUUGUACAAUUUGUUUUUCCCUGUAUGUUUGAGUGAGAAUUGUUAUAUAUUUUAAUGUUUGUUUUGUGCGUUUAAUUGUUUUGCAUUGACCUCUGCUUUCACUUGUACUGUUGCCGUUUCUUGUUUUAUUUUAUUUUUUUCUGGUGAUUUUUUCUCAUAACUGUUACUAUUAUUAUUUUAUCGUAACUAUUGUUUCAUUAUUUUAUUGUAUUUUCAUUUGGCAACUUUGGAGGCAUGUUGUGCAUUACAAAACACAAAAAAAUUAUAAAUCUAUAUGCAUAUACAUAUAUACAGGUAACAUGUAUAUAUAAGUGUAUGUACCAUGAUUGUAAAGUAUGAAUGUCUGCAGAUCUAAAUGGGAUAUUUUUGUCAAUGAAGAACAAGAUAAAAUGUUACUGAGGUUUAGUUUUAAAAAUGAAUAUUUUUCUAAAGGAAAAAAAAAACUAUAAUAAACUUAAAGUACUGCCCUGUCCCAUGAAGCACGAUGUCACUGCCUCUAUCAAUGUGUAUUUAUGUUUUAUAAACAAUAUAAAGCACUAUACAAGUUACAUUAAAUGUAUGUUUAUAUUAUGAUGUUAGAAGGUUGUGGUAAAAACGCCUUUGUUUUUGUUUGUUUUUUUCUCUGUGAGGUCUGUCCCAAAGCUACUGACACCUUUUAACGCCACUUGAUCCUUAGCAGAUGCAAAAUGAGGAAAAAAAAAAUAGUGUGAUUGAAUGUCAAUACACAUAUUAAAAGUGUUCAGACUACAACA